AUGCCUCGCAAUAAUUUGUAUGGGACAUUUUCUAAUGAUCAAGAUACCCCUGCUACAACACACUCUCCAAGAAAUCGUGAAUCAUCCUUCUCAGCCCCCAUAACUGAAGAACAAACUCCACUCGAUAACGACAUGAUACGAAAUGAUAUUCGAGAUAGUCCACCCCAGCAACCUUCAUUCCGACAUAGAAGUAGUACCAUAACAAGUAUAGUAAGCGAUGGCUAUCAUAUCGUGAAAGAGCAUAUGGAUAAAGAAAAGUUCAUAUAUUUGAUACUGACAUCAAUAAUGAUAUACUUCAGUUUCAUCGUUGUGUUUGCUCCAAGAACAUCAUUAUCCAGAGAUUUUAGAAGAUUUCAUUCAACUAAAUUGACUACUGCUGAAAUUUACAGAAUAUAUUUGGAUACUUUCCAGAGCGGUAGACCUCAUUUGAUUGCUGAUCAUUUGGAAACGCUGAAUGAAUUGAAUAAUAGAGAUGAUAGAGAGAGUCAAAUUUUAGAAUUUAUGGUAAAACAAUUCAAAGAUUUGGAAUUUAUACCGAAGAUUGAGAAUUAUUAUCCUUGGGUCACUGAACCAAUUUUAACAUCUGUUAGUUUAUUAGAUGGCGAGAAUACAAUUUUCAAUGCUGCUAUGAUGGAGGAUUGUCUUCUUGAAAAAAAGGGAGACAAUGACCCCAAGAAUGAUCAGCAUCAACGAUAUAAAGGAGGAUUCCAUGCGUAUUCUCCAAACGGGCUAGUCACUAAUCAAUACAUUUACAGCAAUUAUGGGACUCUAGAAGAUUAUAAAUUAUUAUUAGAGAAUAAUAUUGACAUUGAAGGAAAAAUACAUAUAAUACGACAAGGUCAAUUAUUAAAUGGACUAAAAGUUAAGAAUGCCCAAUUAUAUGGUGCUUCGGGAGUUAUCCUUUAUAGGGAUCCCCAUGAUGAUGGGAAUAUUACGAGAGGACAUGGAUUUGAAGAAUACCCUGAUGGGCCAGCAAGAAAUCCAAGUAGUAUUGAAAGAGAUACUGUUCAAUAUUUUUUUAAUUCACCAGGUGAUCCGACAACGCCAGGUUAUCCAUCGAAAUUCCCGAAUAUGGAACACUUAUCGCCAACAGGUAAAAUCCCAAGCAUCCCCUCUGUUCCGAUGAGUGCUAGAGAAAUCCAACCAAUAUUAGAAACAUUAACUAAUCGAGGGUAUCGAUUUUUGAACGACAGUAAUAUUCAAGGCUUCCAAGGGUUCUCCGGACCGUCACCACCAAAUUUACAAGUGAGACUUUAUAACGAACAGACACAUACCAUUAAAGAAAUAUCAAAUGUUGUUAUUACUAUUCCUGGAAUUCUCACUGGUGGGGAUGUAAUUAUUGGAGCUCACAGAGAUACGUGGGGAGUUGGUGGAGUCAGUAGAUCUUUUAGUGGUACUGCAAUUUUGUUAGAAAUUGCUCGAGGAAUGAAAGAAUUAAGGAAAAAAGGCUGGAUCCCAUUAAGAACUAUCAAGCUAAUUAGUUGGGAUGGUAAACAGCCUUCGAUGAUUGGAUCCACUGAAUUUAUAGAAGAACAUAUGGCCCUCUUGAAGAGAAAUGCUCUGGUAUAUUUGAAUCUCGACCAUGCCGUUUCAGGAACACAGUUUACUUGUUCGGCGAAUCCUUUAUUGAAUGAUAUCAUCUAUAAGACUGCAAAGAUGACAAGCUUUAAAAAGGAAGAAGAUCAUACUCUCUAUGAAGAAUGGACGAAAGCUUCGAACAACACAAUCGAUAUCAUUGGAGGGGAUUCCGACUAUAUGGGUUUUCAGCAUUACUUAGGAAUACCUUCGGCUACUUUCGCCUUUGAAAACAAUGGAAUCAAUGAUCCAAUUUCUCAUGUUGGUUCAGCGUAUGAUUCGAUUGAAUGGCUUCAAGGUUCAAUGGAUGUCGAUUUUAAGCUACACAAUACUAUGGUCGAAUUUAUUGGAUUAUUGUCUCUAACAAUUGGAGAAAACGAACUAGCAAGUUUUAAGACGCAUCAUUAUUUGAACGCAAUUUAUUCAACAUACAAUAUCCUUGUGGAAUCACUCUCGAAAAUUUUCCCGAAUGAUGAUCAGUUAUUAAAAUCAGCAAAAAAUGUUGCUGAAAUUCUUGAUUUGAUAACGUGGAAAGAUAGUAUAAACUUCGAUAAACAAAAUACACUGCUGCGUGAUGAUUGUAGUAGAGAUUUCCCCGUUUGGUCUCUAUUCAAAAAAUUCAAAAUUUAUAUUCGUUUAACUAGGGCCAACAACAAACUGAAACAGCUAGAUCAACUAUUUAUUACACAAAGAGGAUUAAAGGAUAGAUCAUGGUUCAAACAUUCUAUCCUAGCACCUGAUAAGUUUAUUGGUUUCAAAGGAGACGUUUUACCAGGUUUGCAUGAAGCAAUGAUUUCAAAAGAUAGAGACGAAGUGUUACAAUGGCUUACUUUGUUAUCAAGUCAAUUCACCAAUGUCAGGUAUUUAUUACAAUAG